CCAGCCUUGAACAUUGGGGGAAGGGGAGGCGUUGACAGAUGAAUGUGCCAUGAGUGUUCGCUAUUCUUUUCAUUUUUUUCCGAGGCCUGUGUCUCCACUUCCGUGGCAUUUUGGCUCAAGCCGUCGUCAGGUUUUUGCCCCAGGGCUUCGGUGCCACGCAAAGCUGCCACACCACAUUCCCUCCGAGCAGAGCCCCAGCGGGCGCAGGAAGCGCAACGAUGCUCCAGGCUCUGCCCCUCAGUCAGCUUUGGAAGACCGAGGAAGCGCCCGAGAUUCUGAAAUUCUCGGACAAGGUUGCCAAGACGUCGUGGUGGGAGCUUUCCGAGGAAGAGUUGUCCAGCACACCCCGCGGCAACGAGGUCAGCAAGGACUGCAAGAGCUGGGCAAGGAUCCGGACUCCUUCCCCAGAAUACAGGUACACCCCGCGCGGCUCGUCGGGGCUGCAUCCGCUCCAAUACCCCGAGCUGCCGCCCGCGGUGCAGCAGCCGUGCGCAUCGUACCCUGAGGCGACGACCGCACCAGACGUGGUGGCGCGUGAGCCCGCGGACUCCGAGAGCCCGAGCGGUAGUGCCCACCAGCUCCAGCUGCGCCAGGUGCUCAGCAUCGGAUCGGUGGGCCACCCAUACAACUGUGGCCUGCCCUGCAAGUACUCGCGCGGCAGUCGCUUGUGCAAGGACGCCGCUGCUUGCCAACGCUGCCACGUUUGCCCGUGGAAACGCUCCGAUGAGCGUGCCCGUGCCCGAGCAGCCCGCGUGCGCACGGCGGAGGCGGAGCCGACGGAGCAGGCGGAGCAGACAGAGACGAGCGAAUGAACCCUGAGGCGAUCGGCCAGGCCGGGUUGCAGACGGGCUCGGCGGGGGAGCACGCGAAUUCUUAGGCGAGCACACUUGCUCGACGGAGGUGGGGUUGAUUGGAGAUCGCAACGCCUCUGAUUUGCAGCAAGUGCUGGUAGGGCAGUGCGUAGUGGAGUAGAGCUCUGCUCGCUAUCGCCCGUUGUUGGCCUUAAGUCGGGCCUGUCCCUCUACAGGAGGAAUAUUCAUUUGCUGACGCCGCACCGCCGACCCCUUCGUGCGGCAUUUAGAGUGAAAAGCGAAGGUCGCGGAACGAUUUCUGGAGAAUUUUGGGGGUUCUCAUGAUGUAUCAUGGCAUCUCCUUCGCCCCUCCCACC